CUCGCCUAGUGGUUUUAGUUACAUACGUUUGGUCAGCAAGCGGCAGARUAAGACAGGCCUGGGUUUGGGUACUGUCCCCUUUCCAGCUGCUGUUGACCACUGGAUAAAAAUAUAAUUUCCAGUGCUGAUCUGGCCAUCCUUCAUCCUAAAGAAGAUCCCUCGGUUCCUAAAGCAGGAGGGCUUUUCUCCAAAUAACCUCUGCAAGGAGGGAAGACACGCCUCCAGGGAAGGAAAAAGACAGAUUUUGCUGAUAAUACCCACAGAGGUAGCAGAAUUCUUUCAGAGAUUUGCCUAGCCCUAAGGACGAGGUGUAUCUGCGGGAGAGAGGACAGACACUUCCAGGUAGGGACGCUGUGGAAGUCGCUCUCUCAAUCUGACAGCCAGUGAAGAGAAGAAAAUGCCCCCUCCUGGAGGCCUCCCCUUUAGUGGUUAGCUGCCAAGAGAGGGACCGUUUGCAUCCCAGGAGAAAACUAGCAGUUUUAGGGGACUGAAAGUCCCAGGCGGAUCGUUUUUAGCACUUAAGAUCCUGGUUUCAUUCGCAAUCCCCUGGCCCUCAAAAUCUUUCUUGAAGAAGCUCUCGGAGUAACUGGCAGCAACGUUGACGUUCUGAGGAUGGGACUCAAAGGAGUGUGAAGGUCAGCAGCCUAGAAACCAGCCCUGAAGAUCCAUCUUCCUCCAGAAAAUCUCCCAGAAUAUCCCAGCUUCCGUCGUCAUGGCCUCCGACCUUGAGAGCAGCCUCACUUCCAUAGACUGGCUCCCCCAGCUUACUCUAAGGGCUACCAUUGAAAAACUAGGGGGGUCCUCCCAGGCAGGACCCCCUGGGGCUGCCCGAAAGUGCCCCCCAGGCUCCCCGACAGAUCCCAACGCCACCUUGAGUAAAGACGAGGCUGCAGUGCACCAAGAUGGGAAACCGCGUUACAGCUACGCCACCCUGAUCACAUAUGCCAUCAACUCAUCACCUGCCAAGAAGAUGACACUCAGCGAGAUCUACCGCUGGAUCUGUGACAACUUUCCGUACUAUAAAAAUGCCGGGAUUGGUUGGAAGAACUCCAUUCGCCACAACCUGUCGCUGAAUAAAUGCUUUCGGAAAGUGCCUCGGCCGAGGGAUGAUCCUGGGAAGGGUUCAUAUUGGACCAUAGAUACCUGUCCAGAUAUAUCUCGCAAGAGGCGGCAUCCUCCAGAUGAUGAUAUACCACAAGACUCCCCAGAGCAAGAGGCAAGUAAGAGCCCUCGAGGGGCUGUUCCAGUCAGCACAGAAACUUCUCUGCCCUCUGAGGCCACCCCUCAGUUAUCACUCCAGAGCACCACCCCCAUUGCCAACUACAGUCAGCAGGGAGCAGGACCUGUUGAUGUAGCCUCUACAGUAGCUGGUGGGCAGGGCCGGGAAGGGGCCGAUGUGCCACCGCCGCUCUACAGUGCCAACCAUGACUUCAAGUUCUCCUACUCCGAGAUCAACUUCCAGGAUCUUAGCUGGUCCUUCCGAAACCUCUACAAAUCCAUGCUGGAGAAAUCAUCUUCCUCUCAGCACGGUUUCUCUUCUCUCCUUGGAGACAUGCAGCCCUCCAACCACAACUACUACAUGUACCAGCAGCAGCAGCAGGGCCCUUCCUCGGUGGGCAGUGGCCCCCCACUGCACACCCCAACCCCAGAGGGCUGCCCACCCCAGGGAGGAAAGCAGCAGGGCGGUGAGGGCUACGGCCCUCCCCCAGUGAUGUCCAUGCACCCGCCCCCAAUGCAGCAUGGAGGCUACCACCAGCACCAGCAGCAUCACCCGCACUCCCACCCACAGCAGCAGCCGCAUCAGCACCAGCAGCAGCAGCAGCAGUCGCAGGCUUCAAUCAACAGCGCUGGCUUUGCCUUUCCCCCUGAUUGGUGCUCCAACAUUGAUUCCCUGAAAGAAAGCUUCAAGAUGGUAAACCGGCUGAACUGGUCUAGCAUUGAGCACUCCCAGUUCUCAGAGCUCAUGGAGAGUCUGCGCCAGGCUGAACGGAAGAACUGGACGUUGGAUCAACACCACAUUGCCAACCUCUGCGACUCCCUCAAUCACUUCCUUACCCAGACUGGUCAGCUUCCUCACCUAAUCGGCCCACAGCAGCCCCCCCGAAUCUCUGAUUCUUGUGCCCUUAACAGUGGCAAGCAGGAGCAGUCCAUGAACCAAGUGAACUCCUAUGGUCAGCCCCAGCCUCCCCAUCUCUUCUCCGGGCCAUCUCCUAUGUACCAGAUUUCCACCCAGGACUCUCCAGGAUAUAAUCGCCCAGGCCACCACCUGGUCCCUCGGCCUCCAGGCCCUCCUCCAGGCGCCAACGAGGAAAUCCCUGACGAUUUCGACUGGGACUUGAUCACCUAGCAAGUCACAGACUUGAGAGCCCGUCCUUCGUGAAGGACACGGGAGGGAAGGGGGACGUGGGGCGAAGGGUGUCAGCACCGCUCCCCCUGCCUUUCCUGUAUAUAGAUAUAUAUUCUCUAACUCUGCCAGAGAAGCCACCGCAAGAUGCUGCCGAAGAUAAUCCUUCCUUGCGUCCUGUUUAUCUUCUUUUUCUUUUUGUUUAUUAUUAUUAUUAUUGUUAUUAUUAUUGUUAUUAUUACCAGUAAUUGAGCACAGCCCUCCCGCUCCCUUGGUGGCCUUGGGUGCCGGCUCGGCCACUCCGUGCGCGUGGUGCCCGGCGCAGGGCCCAGCCGUGGCUCCUCGGUGCCGUGGAAAGACCUGGGAAGGCCAAAGCCUCGAGAGCGCCUUUCCCUGCCUCCGUCGUUUUGCGUUCAACAAUCCCUCUUUCCCCUCGAGGUGGCCUCUGGAGCUGUCCCGUUGGCUGCCGGAGCAAGGGAGCCUGGUGGACCUUGGGAGCCUGUAAUUAUGUUGUUGCUUCUGUGUUGUAAAAGUCAGGGGAUUAAAGGGACACUGGAGGGGGGUGUUCUUAGCUCUGUGAACUUUCUUGCACCAACAGGAGGGGGGGAAAAAGAGGAAAAAAAGGCAAGAAAAGAAAUAGAGAUUCCAAGUACAAAGAGAGGGCAGUCUCUGAGGUUGGGAGAGCUGAACUGAGCUGGGAAUGCGGAGAAAAGAAAACCUAUAGAAGAGAAGCCAUUUCAGCAGAGAUGGGUUUCAGGAUGCGAUGCCAUUUAUGAGAAUGUAAAGCUUGGGAGGGAAUCCUGGUGUGUUUCGUGCAGUUUCCAGGGAGGUGAAGCCUACAAGCCUGCCAGGUAAGAGAAGCUCCAUAGGUGUCUCUGCACCAGCAGCUGGGGGAGGCCAGAUGUGACUCAUCAAAUUCCUGUUCCCCAGAGCUUUUAGUUUGAUCCCAAGCCCCCUCUUCAAAAUAGGUGGUCAGACUCUCGUCUGCAUAUGCGAAUCAGGAAGUUCUCCCACGCCAUCAGUAUUUGUGCAGUUGUUGUUUGCCCCUCUCCCUCUCUCCUUUCUUUGGAGACUGUCCUUGCCUGUGGAUUUGAGAACGCCGGCAAGUCUUGCCCGUGUAGAUACACAUUGUCAGUUGUUGGCACCCGUUUGGUGAGUGGGCUGAAGGUGGAAAGAGGAAGCUGCUACUCAGGAUGCAGGUGAAUUAGGGAACUUGGGGUCAAGGAGCUGGAGCCUCCUGUUGAGUUAAUGGGAGGCCCUCACGGGUGACACGGUUGUCAGAGUUGCACUAGGAGAGGGACGAAAGGAACUGAGCAGCAAAGGGGUAGAAUACAAAGGGGAGGCUGGAGAGGCAGAUCCUUGCAGUUCAACCGGGGAGGUAGUGGAAGAGAUUUUAAGCCCUCAAGGAUGGGUUCUUGUCAGCACUUGCAAAGCAGGAAGGUGGAAAAGGUGUUGGAGGCAGGCCUGAGUUUUGAGAUGCUUCCUCCCUCAAGCUGUGUCCGCUGUUCCCCUUUUCCUAGUAGGGCUCUGCUCUGUCCAACCUCUUGUUUCCUCUCUGUGUUUUGUAGAACUUCCCCCUGCCCUUAUUUCCUAUUUACCAGGAGU